GUGGGUAAAGCAGGUUUGCAGAGGCAAACGUCGCAGAGAGUAAGCUCAAGAAUACCUCUCCAGCUUGGAGAAGGAGCAGACUUGAACACUCUGGACUGAAACUCAGUGACUUUUACUGUGCUUGUGGCUCAAGUGACGGGACAGAUCUGAAAAGGAACAGGUUCCUUUGUGUCUUUAGCUAACUAUUGGACAAUUUUUUAUUUAUUGUUUAUCUUUUUUCUUUUCUGCAUAUAUAAGGUAUUUUAAAAUACUAAUUGGAACUGUCAGUUACAAAAUAAAUAUCAAGGAAACCCCUUUCUUGGUCUAAAGGUAUGUGAACAGGCUUGAAUGUGAACAGGAAGGUGCCAUUCAGCCAAGUGCGGAGCUGCUCUCAAGAGAUGCUACAGCUCGGGGGACUCUGAUACACACUUGGGUGAAUGGCUUCAAGACUUGCAUAUGACAGGAAGAUUAUUUAGUGGACUUAAUUCAAAGACUGCUUUUUUUUUUUCAUCAAAAUAGAAUAAUACAUGAUCUUUAGGAGCAGAAAAGCAGAGAAACGAGUUUAAGGAGAAACAAACUCGUGCAGCCUCUCUGUCAGCAAGGACAAAGAAAGCACUUGGUCCAGUCUGAAGCUCUAUCCUCUACCUCUGCUGAGGAGAGGGGCUUUGCUCCCGUCCCUAUGGCACUGAGGAGUGCUCCAACCAACGGAGGAGUCAUUGUAGGGAGCCCCGUGUUCCUAGGGACACAGGGCCAGUCUUGGAGACAGAAAACUUCUGAUUGUGAACAGUGGGAAAAAGUGUUUUUCUUCCUAAAAUUUGGGCUGCUGUCUGCACACGAGCUCCAGUCUGAUUUUGCACGUUAGUGUGCCUUUUCUCUUAUGCAAGCUUUUCAGCUACACAGCAGAAAUUUGUCUAGUUCAGAAAAUGUGCCAGAGAGUGGCUUCAGAAGGAAGAUGAUCUUGUAUUGUCUGCAUUUGACCUUUUGAAUAGAAAAUUCCAGUUAGAGGGAUUCUUACUGCCUUAAGUUACUUGAAAUCUAUGUGUUCGCAACCCUUUAUCUCUGGAAUCACAUUACACAAAACUGGAAGCUCAGGCUGAGAAUAACCAAACUGAGUAAAGGCGAAGAGAACUGGUUCUCCAUCACUACUUACUAACAGCUCUUUCUCCAAAGGAUUGGCAUGUUUUUCCCCUGAGAACUUGAAAAUGGAAAUGGACCCCAUGUGUUUUUAGGCAUUGCCUUUCUUAGCAGACUGAUGAUAUCUUUUAUAGAGGUAUUUUUUUCACUAUGCAUUUGGUGGAUCUUUAUAAAAUACUGACCUAAUUAGACUCUAGAUCAGUUGUAACUAAAGGAGAAAACCAAACCAACCGAGUUCAGCCACAAAAAUAAGCCAAUGAAAGAACUUGGUUUGAAAUUCUCAGUACUUUUGAAGUGAAAUAAUUCAUUGAAAAAAGUAUGUAUGCAGCAGUGGAACAUGGGCCUGUGCUUUGCAGUGACUCCAACAUCCUCUGCCUGUCCUGGAAAGGGCGUGUGCCCAAGAGUGAGAAGGAGAAGCCUGUGUGUAGAAGACGAUACUAUGAAGAAGGGUGGUUGGCCACAGGCAAUGGGCGAGGUGUGGUGGGGGUGACUUUCACCUCUAGCCACUGUCGCAGAGAUAGGAGUACGCCACAGAGGAUAAACUUCAACCUGCGAGGCCACAACAGUGAGGUUGUGCUGGUGAGAUGGAAUGAGCCAUACCAGAAAUUGGCCACAUGUGAUGCAGAUGGAGGAAUAUUUGUAUGGAUUCAGUAUGAAGGCAGGUGGUCUGUGGAACUGGUCAAUGACCGUGGGGCUCAGGUGAGUGACUUCACAUGGAGCCAUGAUGGGACUCAAGCACUUAUUUCAUACCGUGACGGGUUUGUCCUGGUCGGUUCUGUCAGUGGACAAAGACACUGGUCAUCUGAAAUCAACUUGGAAAGCCAGAUCACAUGUGGUAUAUGGACUCCUGAUGACCAGCAGGUGUUGUUCGGCACAGCAGAUGGACAGGUGAUCGUCAUGGACUGCCAUGGUAGAAUGCUGGCCCAUGUCCUUUUGCACGAGUCCGAUGGCAUCCUCAGCAUGUCCUGGAAUUAUCCCAUCUUCCUGGUGGAGGACAGCAGUGAGAGUGACACGGACUCAGAUGAUUAUUCCCCGCCCCAAGAUGGUCCUGCGGCAUACCCCAUCCCUGUGCAGAACAUCAAGCCUCUGCUCACUGUCAGCUUCACCUCGGGAGACAUCAGCUUAAUGAACAACUAUGAUGACUUGUCCCCCACUGUCAUCCGUUCAGGGCUAAAAGAGGUGGUGGCCCAGUGGUGUACACAGGGAGACUUACUGGCAGUUGCUGGGAUGGAGCAGCAACCCCAGCUCAGCGAGCUGCCCAAUGGUCCUCUUCUGAAGAGUGCCAUGGUCAAGUUCUACAAUGUUAGAGGGGAGCACAUCUUCACGCUGGACACGCUUGUGCAGCGCCCCAUCAUCUCCAUUUGUUGGGGCCAUCGGGACUCCCGGCUGCUUAUGGCCUCAGGACCAGCCCUGUACGUGGUUCGAGUAGAGCACCGAGUGUCCAGCCUCCAGCUGCUGUGCCAGCAGGCCAUCGCCAGCACCCUUCGAGAGGAUAAGGACGUCAGCAAGCUGACCUUGCCCCCUCGACUCUGCUCCUACCUGUCCACUGCCUUCAUUCCCACCAUCAAGCCCCCGAUUCCAGACCCCAACAACAUGCGAGACUUUGUCAGCUACCCCUCAGCUGGCAAUGAGCGGCUGCACUGCACCAUGAAACGUACAGAGGAUGACCCAGAGGUCGGUGGGCCCUGCUACACACUCUACCUGGAGUACCUGGGAGGACUCGUGCCUAUUCUCAAGGGGAGGCGCAUUAGCAAGCUGAGGCCAGAGUUUGUCAUCAUGGACCCUCGGACAGACAGCAAGUCAGAUGAGAUCUAUGGGAACAGCUUGAUUUCUACCGUGAUUGACAGCUGUAACUGCUCAGACUCCAGCGACAUUGAACUGAGUGAUGACUGGGCUGCCAAGAAGUCUCCCAAAAUUUCCAGAGCUAGCAAAUCGCCCAAACUUCCAAGGAUCAGCAUCGAGGCCCGUAAGUCACCCAAGCUGCCCCGGGCUGCUCAAGAGAUUUCUCGGUCUCCCCGAUUGCCCAUGCGCAAGCCCUCCAUGGGCUCGCCCAGCCUGACUCGGAGAGAGUUUCCUUUUGAGGACAUCACUCAGCACAACUAUCUUGCUCAGGUCACAUCUAAUAUCUGGGGAACCAAAUUUAAGAUUGUGGGCUUGGCCGCGUUCCUGCCAACCAACCUCGGUGCAGUAAUCUAUAAAACCAGCCUGCUGCAUCUCCAGCCACGGCAGAUGACCAUUUAUCUCCCAGAAGUUAGGAAGAUUUCCAUGGACUAUAUUAACCUACCUGUCUUCAACCCAAAUGUUUUCAGUGAAGAUGAGGACGAUUUACCAGUUACUGGAGCGUCGGGUGUCCCUGAAAACAACCCACCUUGUACCGUGAACAUCCCUAUUGCACCAAUCCACAGCUCAGCUCAAGCUCUGUCCCCCACACAGAGCAUAGGGCUGGUGCAGUCCCUGCUGGCCAAUCAAAAUGUGCAGCUGGAUGUCUUGACCAAUCAGACAACAGCUGUGGGGGCAGCAGAGCAUGCAGGUGACGCUGCCACCCAAUACCCAGUUUCCAGUCGCUACUCCAAUCCUGGACAGGUGAUUUUUGGAGGUGUCGAAAUGGGCCGCAUCAUUCAGAACCCUCCUCAGUUGCCUUUGCCGCCGCCACCGCCACUGCCGCCGCCACAGCCCCAGCCCCAGGGGCCUCUGCAGCUGUCUGUGGUGGACCAUGAGCACCUGCAGAAGUCAGCCAAGGCCCUGCGGCCAGUGCCUCAGCUGGCAGCUGAGGGGGAUGCAGUGGUUUUCAGUGCCCCCCAGGAGGUCCAGGUAGCAAAGAUGAAUCCCCCACCCCCCUACCCAGGAACCAUCCCUGCUGCCCCCACCACAGCAGCACCUCCACCCCCUCUGCCACCACCCCAGCCCCCGGUGGAUGUGUGUCUGAAGAAGGGAGAGUUCUCCCUCUGCCCUCCGGCAGCGCACUACCAGCCUCCCCUAGGCUAUGAAAGGAUCACCACCUUUGACAGCAGUGGCAAUGUGGAAGAAGUGUGCCGGCCUCGCACUCGGAUGCUCUGUUCCCAGAACACCUACACCCUUCCUGGUCCAGGUAGUUCUGCUACCUUGAGACUCACGGCCACUGAGAAGAAGGUCCUCCAACCGUGCACCAGUGCCACUCUGAACCGCCUGACUGUCCCUCGAUACUCCAUCCCCACAGGGGAUCCGCCGCCAUACCCUGAAAUUGCUAGUCAGCUGGCCCAGGGACGGAGUGCUGCUCAGAGACUGGACAGCAGUCUCAUCCAUGCCACCCUCCGAAGGAACAACCGUGAGGUUGCACUUAAGAUGGCCCAGCUGGCUGACAGCUCCCGCCCCCCACUGCAGCCCCUGGCCAAGCCUAAGGGUGGCCCCAGUGGGGCCGUGGCACAGCUCCCAGCAAGGCCCCCACCUGCCCUGUAUACCUGCAGCCAGUGCAGUGGAGCCGGGUCCAGCUCACAGCCAGGUGCAACCCUGGCCCAUGCUAUCAGCACCUCCCCUCUGGCCUCCCAGUCCUCCUACAAUCUGCUGAGCCCUCCGGACACCUCCCGGGAUCGUACUGACUAUGUCAAUUCAGCCUUCACAGAGGACGAAGCCCUGUCCCAGCACUGUCAGCUGGAGAAGCCUCUGAGGCAUCCCCCACUUCCUGAAGCUACUGUCACAGUGAAGCGGCCUCCCCCUUACCAGUGGGACCCUGUGCUGGGUGAGGAUGUUUGGGUUCCUCAGGAAAGGACAGCACAACCUGCAGUGCCCAACCCCUUAAAACUGUCCCCUCUGAUGCUAGGGCAAGGCCAGCACCUGGACGUAGCUCGAGUGCCCUUUGUGUCUCCCAAGUCUCCGUCCAGCCCCACUGCCACCUUCCAGACGGGGUAUGGCAUGGGAGUGCCAUAUCCAGGCAGCUAUAACAACCCCUCUUUGCCUGGAGUGCAGGCUCCAUGCUCCCCUAAAGAUGCCCUGUCGCCAGCACAGUUUGCACAACAGGAGUCUGCUGUUGUUCUUCAGCCAGCGUACCCACCCAGUCUUUCCUAUUGCACCUUGCCCCCCACAUACCCGGGAAGCAGCACAUGCUCCAGUUUACAGCUGCCACCUAUCGCCUUGCACCCUUGGAGUUCCUACAGCACCUGCCCGCCCAUGCAAAAUCCCCAGGGCACUCUCCCCUCCAAGCCCCACUUAGUGGUGGAGAAGCCUCUUGUGUCCCCACCACCUGCUGAGCUCCAAAGCCACAUGGGCACAGAGGUGAUGGUAGAGACUGCAGACAAUUUCCAAGAAGUGCUCUCUCUGACAGAGAGCCCUGUCCCCCAGAGAACAGAAAAGUUUGGAAAGAAGAACCGGAAGCGCCUGGAUAGCCGAGCAGAGGAAGGAAGUGUUCAGGCCAUCACUGAGGGAAAAGUAAAAAAGGAUGCGAGGACUUUGAGUGACUUUAAUUCUCUCAUCUCCAGCCCCCGCCUGGGGAGAGAGAAGAAGAAAGUGAAAAGUCAGAAAGACCAGCUGAAAUCCAAGAAGUUGAACAAGACGAACGAGUUCCAGGACAGCUCCGAGAGCGAGCCUGAGCUGUUCAUCAGCGGGGAUGAGCUGAUGAACCAAGGCCAGGGCAGCAAGAAGGGCUGGAAGAGCAAGCGGAGCCUGCGGACCGCCAGCGAGCUGGAGGAGUUCAAGUGCCGCAAAGCCAGCGAGAAGGAGGACGGGCGGCUGGGCAGCCAGGGCUUCGUGUAUGUGAUGGCCAACAAACAGCCUCUGUGGAACGAGGCCACCCAGGUGUACCAGCUGGACUUCGGAGGAAGAGUGACCCAGGAAUCUGCCAAGAACUUCCAGAUCGAGCUGGAGGGGCGGCAGGUGAUGCAGUUUGGACGGAUUGACGGUAACGCCUACAUCCUAGACUUCCAGUACCCCUUCUCGGCUGUUCAGGCUUUCGCCGUUGCCCUGGCCAAUGUGACUCAGCGCCUGAAGUGAAGAGACAGAUGCAGGAGGAGACGUACCAGGAGCUGUCGGAGGAAGGCAUGCUGCUGCUGCUGCUGCUGCUGCUGCUGCCCAGGAGGAGUGGGGACCGUGCGGGAGAAGCAGCCAGCAGGCCAGGAGGGCGCUGAUCUUAGGCAUGGUCAUUGUCCAGUUACCCUUACUGUCCUCCUUUCUUCUUUGGAUAGAGUGGUGUUUGAAAGCCAAGACUGUGAGCUCUCUUGUGUUCUUCAAGGCAGUGUGGCUUGGCUAUAGAGUGUUUUACUGGUUUACUUUUCCGUGACUAGGACAAGGGCCUUUGGAAAGAAGACAGAAUAGCUUUGAGCCUGCUCUUCUUUUAGACGUAGGGAGCGUGUGUUAGUGUUCAUUCUUCAUGUCAUCUGGCCUCUGUUACCCUUCCAACAUUAUCACUAGCGCAAAACAAAUUUUCUUUCAACACAACCAAAACUCUGGAGGAGUCAGCUUGUCUUGUGGGAGAGGACAGUGCUUAAUUCACACACAUGUGCUGCUCACUAGAAGGUACCUAUAUGAGUGAAGGAAACAUAGGCAAAUGCCUUGUGCUCUGCUGAUGUAAGCCAAGGUGUGACUAUGCGGAGAGACAAUGCCCUUGGAGACAGACCUACAGCACUCUGCAGACACCUGGGUGAGUUGGUGAUACGGCUUGUGCAAGGCUAUUCUCUUCCAAGGAUACUGGUUGGAAACCCCACUAGUUUCUUGACAAAGUCAGAAUCUCAUCUGACUUUGGGAGAAGGUAGGAGCUGUCAGUGGGUAGAUCCAGACUUGGGCAAAGCUGGGCUUAUAUCACAUUCAUCAGAACGGUCCAUCACCAGGUACCUUCACUUGUCAAGAAACCUCCUUUGUUCUCCCUAAUCCUUUGUUUGUUUUAAUCCAGAAUAUUUUACUAUAAACAUCUUUCUCUUUAGGUCUCAUUGCUCUGCCUUUUCCAAAGUGUGAAGGAGACACCACUCCUUCUCUUGGCCACAUUAAAAUUCAGUUGAUUCGAAUGCUUUCCUUCAAUUAUAAGUGUGAUCAAAAUAUUUGUACAUUUCCCAGGAUAUUAAAAGAUAAAGCUAUGGUCAACUCUUUGGGAAAAGCUCCACAGUAUUCUCUACGGGAAAAGGAACCGUCUUUGGGUGUAUAGACUCUACUGGAAGAGGAACCACUGGAAAACCUUGUUAAGACGUCCAACGUAGGUAGUUGGCUGUCUGUACUUCAUUCCACCUGUCUGUAGAGUCUUUGCCCGGUUUCUUCUCCUCGUGGGAGCACACCUUAGGCAAAUGUCCAGACCUUAUAGUAAGAAGCAGUUCACGUUGUGGUUCUUAGCUGUGGUGUUGUUCGUCACCAGAGCACAGGAACUGUCAGCUGGCUUUGACUAAGUCUGGGUUUUAUUUGAAAACUGACAAGUGGAAGAUGCUACAGGAAAUUCUUUUCAGCUGAAACAUUGUGUUUUUGUUUUUUCUUGUGUUUGGUUUAAGAAUUAGAAAAGAAACUGUCUGGUUUCUUGAUCUGGGAAAAUUAAAUGACUUCCCAUUCUUUCCAAAUUCCAAAGAAACACUAACAAGGACUUCUCCCAGCAGAUACUGGAGUUUUCCUAUUAUAGUUUAAAAUAUGGGAGCUGAUUCUCAAGGGUCAGUUUUCCAGCAAGAGUUGAUUAGUCUAUUGGAAAUGACUGUGUUGGUUUACCUACGUUUCUGUAGCUUGAUAAAGGUGUAUCAGUGCUUAUCAUUAGUUGUGCAAUACGGUUGUAGCCUUUCAGUUUAUGAAAUAAUUUAAAUGCAAUUUUCUUUGUUUUGUUGUCUGAGAGAUAGUUAUUUAUCUUGUUCUUUAUAGUAUUCUUGGGAACUAUUUUGUUAACUAUGUAUUGGUGAUUUAUGCCCAUUUCAUUAUUUAUUUAGAAAAAUAGUACCUUUGUAAUGACUUAUUUGGUGGCAAUAUAUUUUGCUGCAAAAAAUAAAGAGAAUAUGACAAGA